AUGGCUGAGACAGAAACGGAUAAAAACACUAUUAUUCGACCCGAGAGAAACAACAAGAAUUCUGUGACUGCAAAUGGUCCCCGUCGUGUUACAAUCUACAAAACCGAGACUGGUUUCGGUUUCAAUGUGCGCGGUCAAGUGUCGGAGGGUGGGCAGUUAAGAUCGAUCAAUGGGGAACUUUACGCUCCUCUGCAGCACGUCAGCGCUGUUUUGGACCAGGGGGCGGCUGAGCAAGCCGGCAUCAGAAAGGGGGACAGGAUCCUCGAAGUCAAUGGCGUGAACGUCGAAGGCGCUACACACAAACAAGUUGUAGAUCUCAUAAAAUCCGGAGGAGAUUGUCUCACACUUACCGUCAUCUCAGUAACCCCGAAAGAAGCAGAACGCUUAGAACCAUGCGACGACGGCUCAGCUCCUGUAGGCGUCAUAGGCGGAGCGGCAAAUUCUCGUGCAACAGUUUACCAGCGAUACGAUUACACCGACAAACGGUCACUGCCUGUGUCAAUACCAGAUUACCGCAUGGUUAUGGAACGAAACACCGGCAGAUCAUACGUAGCGUUCAAUGUACACAUGGCUGGCAGACAUUUGUGUAGUAGAAGAUAUAGGGAGUUCGCGCAGCUGCAUCAACAGUUGAGAAAAGAGUUCAUAGGUUUCAACUUUCCAAAACUACCUGGGAAAUGGCCAUUUACGCUGAGCGAACAACAUUUAGAUGCCAGAAGAAGAGGUCUUGAACAGUAUUUAGAGAAGGUGUGCGCAGUCCGCGUGAUAGCAGAGUCAGACGCUGUCCAAGAAUUCCUAACGGACUCUGACGACUCCUCCAACCCGUCCCCAGUAGACCUGAAAGUUCUCCUACCAGACAAAGAAGUGGUGACAGUAUCAGUACUCAAAAGUACUAACGCUGAUGAUGUGUAUAGAGCAGUAUGUGAAAAGAUUGGCUUGUCGAAGUCCGUUCAAAAGUAUUUCUAUUUAUUUGAAAUUGUCGAAUAUAAUUUCGAGCGCAAACUUCAACCCAACGAAUGCCCCCACUCUUUGUACAUCCAGAACUACUCGACUGCCUCCAGUAGCUGUUUGUCAAUACGCAAAUGGUUGUUCAACCCCAGAACGGAGCUGCAGGUCGUCAACGAGGACCCAACAGCCGCUGCUUUUAUUUUUUGGCAGGCCGUGGAGGACGUGAACCGCGGCGUGUGCGCGGCGGGCGCGCGCCUGUACCAGCUGAAGGCGCUGCAGGAGGUGCGGCGCGCGCACGACUACCUGGCGCUGGCGCGCGCGCUGCCCGGCUACGGCGACGUGGCCGUGCCCGCGGCGCGCGCCGAGCGGCCGCUGACGGCCGCCGUGGGCUUCGGCGGGCUGCGCCUGGCCGCGCCCGCGCCCGCCCCCGCCCCCGACGCACUGGACGUGCCCUGGGCGCUGCUGCGCGAGUGGCGCGCCGACGACGACGCCGCCGCGCUGCGCGUGGCCUACGGCCGCCGCGACCAGCCGCCGCGCGCCCUCACGCUCUUCACGCCCUACUAUCAGUUCCUGUGCAACUGCUUGGACAGAAUAGCCGAAGAGAAGAACUGGGUAGAUACCGGCGAAUAGAUCCUCCCGGUUAAUAGAAAUAAGCGACACCAGGUAUUAUUGCCAUGCGCUGCGGUUUUACAUUAUUCUAAUGGUAACACCGAACCCCAUUGGCUUAAAACGCAUACUCCAGAGCCGUUAUAUUUAAACUGUACAUACGUUGAUAUAUUAUUUUAUGUCAUAGUAACAUUUACUAGUUACUUAUGAUAUUAAAUUAUUACCAGAAUCCCCAUUAAUUUGGGUACAGAGUUAAUUACAAUCUUGAAAUGUGAAAAAAUCAACUGAUGCACCAAAAUCAAAUAUUAUUUUUGCUAUACGAUAAGAAAAAUGUAGUUGACAAAGGCAAGUACAAAUUUUUUGUAAAAUAAUGCGGCUUAUAUAGGUUUUACAUAUUAAGUAUUAAUACCGCGUGAAACAAAAACAACUUUUUUUGUCAAAUUUUGAUCUCAAUGUCAAUGUCAACGAAACCAGUGUUGCCAUAAACAUGAGUACGUGUAAAACGGCAGCGCUUUUAGUUUCCUAUCAUUAUCAAUAAAUAUUAUACUAAUGUUAAUGAAGUUUCCAAUUUAUCCUGAAUAUUAUCGAUUUCAUGAAGUUAAAGAACGUUUGGUGCUGAUACCAGUCUAGUAUACAAUUUAAGUCUACAGACGACUACAAAAGAAUAUUGUUUUAUUUUAAUAUACAUACAUAUAACAGUGCAUAGUCUAAAGUGAGGCUAUAUAUAGUCUCCGCAUUAAGUAAAAGCUACUGCGACAACAAGGGCACACACUAUUUUUUCAUCACCUGUCAUCAUCGUGAAAGUUGCUAACCGCACAUGAUGAAUCAAUGCCUGUGUUAAUAAAUCCAUUUCAAGUGCAAUACCUAUAUUCAGAUCUUACUUGAACAGCUGUCUUUAUAAUAAAAGACGACGUGAGGACCUCGGUGGCCUAACGGUUUAUACUGUAGGCGCUAGAUGAGGAGACCCCGGGGUUCGAUUCCCGAUAGGUUCAAAUUGGGAAAUAAACUUUUCUGAAUUGGUUAGGGUGUGCUGGGAAGUGCACCAGAGUGAAUUCCGUUGUACUGGUAAUCAUAGUACAACGAAGUCUCCAGUUGACACCAGGCGUUGCGUUUUGUUUGGUUGUUUUCUUAAUGUUCGUUCGCGCCAAGCUCAAUGGAUGGUGCCAACUAAAUUUGGAAUUGAGCGAUUAAACAUACAAAAACCGCGGAAUAUUUUCAAACGCCAUCCAUUGACGCUUUAUUAAAUUACGUAGUUGAGAGCAGUCAUUUAACCGUCCAAAGGAAACGUUAUUAGGACAAUCUGUGGAAUAUAAGAUGUAUGACAUCUUAGCACAUUAUUUAACGGUAUGAAAUAAUAAGCGUUUAGUCUUAAAAGUAAAUUGUUUUUGCUAGGCUAGCAUCAGCACCGGACGUAAGUUUUCGUUGAAUAAUUUAUUACGAUAAUGUACUUAAUUACGACAAUUGCUCUUACCUUGUUAUUCUUAUGAUUAUAACUCUAAAAGUUGCAUGAAUUUAUUUACACAAUCUUACACGUAAGGCUCUUUUAUAUGACUACAGUGUAGCUCUAUUGUACGAUUUGUUUUUUUUAAAUACAAGUUAAUAUGGUACUGUUAGCAGCAAAAUUGUAAUUACAAGUAAAGGUUUCGUUAUAAUUAUUACCCGAUCGCUUUGUUCGCACUCAACGGAGUGUAAUAAACUUUACUUUAAAUUCUUGUGACAGUAAUAUCAAUAUUACUUAUUGCUGCUAACUAUACCUGGGUGCUUGUUUGAAAAAUAGUAAAAUAAAUUAACGAACUAAUUAUUCUUUUUAUAGAAAAAUAUUAUAGUUAAACUUAGCAUCACACUUUUAAUAUAACAUUAUAUUAUUAAAAUAAUUUAAAAUAGUCAUAAUGUCAAUAUUAUUACGUUAUUAAGUGUAUUUAAGAACCGC